CAAUAGAUGACACUAUGAAGUAGGAUCAUGAUGUGUGUAGGUGAUAGCCCAUAAAAUGUUUCAAUUCUUACAACCGCAAUAGAAAUAAAUAGAAACAAGUAUAUAAUAUAUAUAAACAUGUAAGGAAAAGAAAUAUUUUGUUAAUAUAACAAGUGUAUAAGAUAUGACUUAGCUAUAAGUAGAUGGGAAAAAGAUGAUCUGAAAGGAAUGUAAAGAGUUUGCCUGAUAUAAUAAAAGAAGUGGACAGUUCUUUAACCUGAACGACGGAACAAUGGUUGGAAUUUUCACGGAUUUCUCGUGCAUUACAAUCUGAAGAUGUCGCACGAGACAUUGGAAUUACCCGUGAUCAAUUCACCUGGUCAGGGAAAGCGAAUUUCCCAGUCGGAAAGAGGUGAGAGUCGGGCUAUGUUUGUAUCCCCUAGGAGUUUCCACACGGAUUUCCACCCCAGACGCUCAGUACGUGAACCGGAAAUUGAGCGACGUAUAGUGUUACUCGGCCGUGCAGGCAGUGGAAAAAGUGCCAGUGCCAAUACUCUAUGUGGGCGUCACGUGUUUCUAGAAGCCCGUUGGGGACGCUUUCACACAACUGAAUGCCAGAGGGUGGUUGUGUCGAGGUUUGGUAGAAGAAUGGACAUUUUAGACACGCCAGGAUUUCUGCUUGAUUCAGAUAUUAAAAAUCAUAAAGUGAGACGAGAAUUUGCUAAAACAAUUGGAAUAUCGUCACCAGGUCCCCAUGUUUUCGUGUUUGUGUUCCCCACACCUCACAUGCAUAGAUGCGACGUGGAAAUAUUUCAAAAAUUUAUCCACGUGUUUGGAGUCCAGGUGUUAAAUUACACGGUGCUGUUAUUUUCGAAAGCAGACGAUCUUGAUUAUUUCUCUCUUACAAAGCAAGCGUUCAUUCUAUCUGCUCCUCAUGAAUGGAAGGCAAUAAUGAAAGCGUGCAACUACCGUUGCGUAUGGUUUCAAAAUCGUUCACCACCUCUGGAGAAAGAACUUAUGGUCCGAACAUUCCUUGAAACUCUAGAACUCACUAUCAAUCAAAACUAUGGUCAGUAUUUCUGCAAUGAUUUAUACUGGACAGUGGAGAAGACCAUUAUAGAACGCGAUAUUACUCGUAGUGACCAAAACGCAAAGUUAAAUAAGUUACGACGAAAGUUGCGUGUGAAUCUUGAUGCUGGAGUAAAGAAACAUUACGGAGAUACACGGAAAGACCCGAAUCGGACUCGGGAAGACUUCAGAAAAGAUUUAGAGGGUACAAAUUUGAAACUUGUGGAUACUAUAUGGGGAACUAUCAAAUACUUCAACUGCAUUAAGAUUCUACAUCGACCAAAACAUCUUACGGAGCACCAACAUGACGUCAUUACAGAAGGCCUUGACCUUGAUGUUCAGCAGCCGACAACAAAAAAGGAUGAAGACGACACCAAACGUCAUAUGACAACCGCUAAACCACAAAACAUUGAAAAACGUGGACGCAUGCCAAAACAUGAAAAAAUAAUCAAAUACGUUCCGAAACAAGAGGUCGAACCUCAAACGGAUAGAGGACGGGGUGUUAGACUCCCUAAAUUAGUUACGAGGUAUAAAUAAAACCUAGUCCCA